AUGGCCGUCAACGGCGUAUACGUCGUUUUAGGUGAAGCGAAUACGGUGGUGGCUCUGCUGAAUAAAGCACGAAGACAGUAUCAAUUAUCACAUCAGCCGCCUUCUCUUGAAGACACUGAGCCGCUACUUCGGAAUUUUGCGGAUCUCAAAGAAGUUCUCAAUGAGGUAGCAGAUUUGAGUGAUAUGAAUCCGCUGACGUAUUUGUCCCCAUUUUUGGACGUUAUCAAAGCGCAAAAUACAAAUGGGCCCAUAACAGAGGCGGCAUUGUCAUCAGUGGCGAAAUUUCUCAGUUACGGGCUCAUAGACGCCAACAGUAUAAAAGCGGCAAAUGCUGUGGAAUCGGUUGCUUAUGCAGUCGUACAUACAAAAUUCAUUGGAGGGAAGAGCAGUGGCAGUGAUGAAUGCGUUCUUUUCAAGAUUCUCUUGGUUCUCCGUUCACUCUUGCUGUCUCCUCCCGGAUCACUUCUGUCCAACGAAGCUGUGUGUGACAUGAUGCAAUCGUGCUUCCGCAUCGUUUUCGAGCAGCAUCUUUCGCCGUUAUUGCGGAAAGCUGCUGAAGCUACGCUCAGUGAUAUGACGCAGCUGAUAUUCACACGACUGCCGACAUUCCAUGAAGAUGCCAGGCAUCCUUACAUAAGAAAACUGGUAAUGAACGCUAAAGGUGAAAAACGUCGAAGAAGGCGAAGACGAACUGAAUCUGAAGCAGAAAGUGAGAAGUGGUUCAGCCCACUACCGUUACGAAAGAUUCCUCAUGCUGCAAGUGAGAUUCCGUCAGUGGCAUCGACGAAUAACCUUAUCGCCUCUGAAAACACUCCACUUGUUAAAGCAGACGGUGAUGCGGCAAGUUUA